UUAUUGAGAGGGAGUCGUUCGAAGUCGGCAGUUCGAAGUCAACGUUCGCUGAGUGUAGCAAGAGCGGGUGAUUCGUUAAACGAUGCACAUGUGGAUGCUUGUGUGCAUAAGCAGCACACUCGUCUCGAGACACUGAAAACAUUCCAAGCCGCCAAGAACCGACUUCAAGAGAUACCCCUGAUGCUGCCGAACACGUCGUUUCCCCCGCCGUCGUUAAGUCCGAGAAAGAAGAUACGAGAUGCUAGAUUGAAAGAUAACAAUAGCAGCCAUAAUAAUGUGUGUUCUAUACUAAUGAUGAUAAUUGUAAUCGGAACUUGUUUGGGUUGA